AUGUGGUUGUUUGGAGCCAUAAGUUUGGCCAUUGCAACGCCAUGUUUUCGCUCAUGGCUUGAAACGUUAUUUGCUGAACUAACAAUUGUAUUUUUUACUUAUUUACAUAUUGUUUCACUUCUUCUUUUCCUUGUGCUUCUUCUAGCUCUUGCUUUUCAUGGUCGUGAAUAUCUGACGAAAUAUGAAUUUCCAAUCACAACUUCGACCACAUUUCGAACAACAAACUUUGCGUACAUUCAAUCGAUUCGUAAUCUUCGACUUGCGAUGUUGCCAAUUAUCACAAGUGUUGUUGUAUGUGGAGAAUAUGAAAAUGUUCGUACACUUCAGAGUGAUAUGAAUACUACAAUGAUGUUCUUUGAGGAUGAAAUGAUACCAUGUAGAUAUUCAAUUGGAUUGAAUUGUCUUGAUAAUGUCACGAAUCUUUCGAUAUUUGGAGAUUUGAAACGAGAAAGAAAUUCGUGUAUUACAUUUGAUACAAAGGAUGGAAGUCAAAUAAAUGAAAAGACAAUGGAUGUACAAUAUUUUCCUAUUCAAGUUCAUGAAGCAUUUCAACAAGGUUAUAACAAUAAGUUUUCAACUUGGAAUGAAACGAUGCAGACACAAUUUCAAUUGGAUUGUUCACUUUUAUAUUCUCAAACGAUUAUUAAUGAUCGAAAUGAAUUAUUGUGUUGUACGGAGAAACAAUUUGAACGUUUAAGUGCACAAUUUCGUCAUUAUGAAGGAAAUUGUACAUCAUGUAUGGAAAAUAUACGAAAUUUGUGGUGUCAAGUCACGUGCAAUCCAAGUAACAGUUUAUUUCUAGAUGUGAAUCAAGUGCGAGUUAAUAAAGAAGAGUUGAAACCUCAAGAUCAAGUGAUUCCAACGAUUGAAGAAAUGACGUUUUAUGUUGGUAAGAAUAUGGUACAGAAUCUUUACGAAUCAUGUGAAGCAGAUCCUGACUCAAUGGAACGAUUGUGUCCUUCCAAUACACAAAAUUGUACAACUUCUCACUUGUUUGAACAACUUGGUGCUUACAAUUCAAAUAUCAUCACAUCAUAUGUAAAUUUUAAAACAAUGGAACAACUUACACCAAAAGAACAAGAGACAAGAAUUUGUCAUUGUGAUCUUAACAAUCCAAGUGAUUGUAUUGAACCAUCUAAUCUGUACUUUCAAUCUUGUAUUGGUUCAUGCAAUUCUUCAUGUUCAAAUGAUCGACAAAUAUACGAACGAAUUUGUUAUCAUGCAAACGAUACAUUGACUUCAUUGAGUACAAUAAAUGAAUUGAAUCUAAGUGAGAAGAUUCGAAAGUUUUCAACUGACAUGUCAAGACGUCAGAGAAGUCGAAAGUUGAGAAUUUGGCUAUAUAUUAUUGGAUUUGUUACAAUAAUUUUAUUCGUUGCUAGUCUCGUAUAUCUUCUUCAUGAUCACAAAACGACAGAUUCUUCUACAUUUCAUGAUUAUGAAAGAAUGGAAUUGUUGUCAAUACUUAAGUCAAAUGAAGAUCAACCAAUUUCAAAGUGGGAUGCAUGGAUUACACAGCAAAUGAAACAAUAUGGCGAUUUUAUUGCUAUGGGAAAUCAUCCUUUCUACAUGAUCUUUCUAUCUGUAUUCUUUCUUCUUGUGACAACAAGUGGUUUAUUCUAUCUAGAAAUUGAACACAAUCCAUUAACAUUGUAUGUUUCUGAAAGUAGUAAAGAUUAUCAAGAAUCGAAUCGAUUUCGUGAGAAAUUUGGACCAUUAGAUCGAAUUGAACGCUUGAUAUUUGUAUCAAAAGAUGGUGGUUCAAUCACUCGCACAGCUUAUUUAAAAGAAGCAAUUCGAUUACAACAAGUCAUUGCAUUUGAAAUUACUUCAAACAAUCAAACAUUACAAGAUUUCUGUAUCCAAGAUUCCCAAUAUUCAGGAUGUCAAAUCAAUGCCAUAACACAAUAUUUUCAAAACAAGAUGGAACAUUUUCAAAUCUACGAAACCUACGAUCUCGUUUACGAGCAUUUUCAACAUUGUGUCGAUGCUCCAAAUGAAGCUGAUGUGAGAGUUUGUACUCAGUUGAAAGAGAAUUUCAAUGUUUCUUUACCAACGACCAUGAACGACUGUCCGUGUGUAUCAUCUUUUGGUGAACCUAUGACGAAAUUUGAAGAAUAUGUAAGUUCUUCAAACAUAACUUUUAACUCAAUGGACAAUGUUCAAUUGUAUCUUGAACAAGCAACAGCUUUACUUUCGACAAUAUCAAUCAAGAAUUUUAACAAUCAAAGUGAGAAUCACGAUGCUAUUUCAUGGGAACGAACUUUUCUUACUCGAAUGGAACUUGAAGCAAAAACAAAUGAUUUGUUUGAUAUUUACUAUAGUGCAGAGAUAUCCGACAAUGAUGAAUUUGUCGCUGCUUCAAAUCUCAAGACAAUUAUGAAAAUUUUUACUUUUCUUGUUAUUGGAAUGUUUUGUUAUGUUCUUGUUGGUUUAAAUGAUUGGAAAUUGAAUGUUCAUUGUUUUCAAUUGUCGAAAUUUGGAGUAGCUUUGAUAGGAAUUUGUUACAUUUGGAUGGGAGUAUGUAGUACAUUUGGUCUAUUAGCUUGGAUUGGAAUGAAGAUUCAACUUGUGACACUAUUACUCAUGCCAUUUAUAACAUUUAUCAUUGAAAUUGAAAAUGUGUUUCUACUUGAUCAUACAAUUCAAAUCAAAGAACGAGAACUUGAAAUUCAAGACUCGUCAAUAUUUCAUCAUAUUGAAGAAAAUGAUUUUGGAAUUCAUGAAGUGACAUGUGUCAUAUCAUGUGAAGCUUUAGGUUUAAUUGGACCAAGUUUUAUGGUCUCACGUCUCUUUCAAUGUUGUAUCAUGCUUGCUUUUAUCUCUUCAACCAUGCCAGCAAUACAAUGGUUAGCUAUAACAAUGUUAUUGGCUCUCAUCUCGACAUUUACUUUAAAAUUGACUUUUUUUCUCGCUUUUCUUGUUCUUUUCAAACGUCAAGGAUUUCGUACACAUCAACAUGAUUCGAAUGUUCAUUCAAGUUCAAAGAUGUUUCAAAAGUAUGUGAAGAAGUACGUAACUUUUCUUCUUCUUCGACGUAUUAAAUUAUUGGUACUUGUUAUAUUUACAAUAUUCACAAUAAUUGCAAUCAUUACAAUAUCAUGGUUACAUUGUGGAAUUUCACGCAAUUCUUUUCAUUUGUCAACUUCGUAUUUGACAAAAUUUCAUCAAAUAAAUGACAAAUUUUGGCCAAGAAAAGAAGAAACAAAGUUAAUAAUUGUGGAAACUGGUUAUGGUAUGAAUCAAGUGAAUGGAUUUCAAAAUUUAGCAAAUGAUGUGACAAUUCAACGUCAUUUUUGUACUUCGCAAUUUUAUUGCAAUGAAAAUUCCAUUCCAAAUCUUUUAAAUGCACUCAUUCAAUCAAAUUCAAGUUUCAUUUCAUUUUUUCCAAAAAAUUCAAUUGUCACAUCUUGGCUUGAUGAAUUUUGGGAAUUUUUAAAUCCGGAAAGCGAAUGUUGUCGUAUUGAUCCACAAAAUCAGCUCAUUGUACCAAAUCGUACCAUCAAGUCAGAACGUACCAUCUCAUCAUGUUCAAUCAAUUCAACUCAAGUACCAGAAAAUUCGUUCAUGUCAUUAUUUCGAAUGUUUCUCAAUACAAAAGCUGAACCACAAUGUACCUAUGCUGGUGGAACACAGUACCAUCAUCAAUUUAGUAUUGAUAACAAACCUCUUGUCGACAUUUCUAACGUUUCUAUUAGAUUAAAUGAGAAAACUUAUGGCACUGACCUUACAGCAUUUGCUUACAAGAUUCCAAACAUCAUUUUAACAAAUCAAGAUGCUGUAGUAGCGUAUGAUCAAACUCAAGAUCUUGCUCAAUGGAUCAGUAAAGAAUCAGAGAUUGAUGUAUGGAUCUACUCCCCAAAUUCUGUCUAUUUCAGUCAAUUUCACUCGUUUCAUCGUUCAAUUUCUAUGAUUUUUGGUAUUGGAAUACUAUCAGUUUUUGGAUUACAAUUACUAACCCUUGGAAUUUAUGGAAUUGCUGUUACUUUUAUUGUAUUUCUUACUAUAAUUCAAGUUACUGCUGUCUUGGUACCAAUGAACAUUCCCCUCAAUUCACUUUCAAUCUUCAGUCUCGCAAUUGUCGCAAUGUUUUCAUUCAAUUUUUCGACUCAUUUUCUUCGUCUCUUUCUCAAAACUCGAACUGUUAGAAAUCCUUCAAUUUCUAUUCCAUCACCAGAUUUUUGUAUCAAGAUCAUUUUAACAAACUUAUUGGCUUUAUGGACACUUGGUGGAUUGAUUUUUCAACUUCUUGUUAUCAUUGCACUUCUAUUUGGAAAUGCACCUUUGUUUCUUGUAUCGAUCUUACGAAUUCUUCUCGUUGGUUUAAUGAUCUCAUGGUUAAAUGGAAUUAUUCUCUUACCUGUAAGUCUCAGUAUUGUUGUUAAUGCUAUUGAAAAGGUCAAGGAAGAGACUCCAACGUCAUGGUACCACAGUGGACCACUUUCUAACAUGUAA